UGUUUAAGGAUAAACACCGUAUAAAUUACAGGCCAUCGGGUCUGUCUUCCGCAAUUAGCAAACAUUUCGACAUCCUAUUCUCUGUGGCUUAAGCAGUUUUAUAGGUCAAAUCAAUCAAAUGCAAUGCCAUCUUCCAUAUUAGGACUUCCUUCACGUGCUGCUCAUAAUCUCAUGAACUCUCUAUGCUUGCUACCUCCAUGGAUUUCAACAACAACAACAUCAGCAGAUCACCUCAGAGAUUGAGUUCUUUGACGAUUGGGGAGCGGAUCUGUGCCUCGUGUAUACCAUUUGCGGCGAUCAUUGAGAUUUUCAUUCUGGCUGUUGGUAAUUGCUUUGAGUGCCGGCCAUGUGUUAAAAGAAAUCGAUGUGGUUUCCUAGAUAUAGCUCGCCUUGCCGAUGGAUCUCGAUUUACUGUUAAUGAAGUGGAGGCCUUGUACGAGCUGUAUAAGAAGUUGAGUAACUCGAUAAUCAAAGAUGGCUUGAUUCAUAAGGAAGAGCUUCAAUUAGCACUAUUCCGAGCUCCUCAUGGCGAGAAUCUUUUUCUAGACAGGCUUUUUGAUCUUUUUGAUGAAAAGAGAAAUGGUGUAAUCGAAUUUGAGGAAUUUGUCCGUGCACUCAAUGUGUUCCAUCCCUACGCACCCAUGGAAGAAAAAAUUGAUUUUGCAUUCAGGCUGUACGACCUGAGACAAACUGGGUUCAUUGAACGAGAGGAAGUUAAGCAAAUGGUGAUUGCCAUUUUAUUGGAAUCUGAUGUGAAAUUGCCAGAAGAUCUUUUGGAGGCUAUCAUAGACAAGACAUUUGCUGAUGCCGAUGCCGACAAGGAUGGUAAAAUCAACAAAGAAGAAUGGAAGGCUUUUGUGGUUCGACAUCCAAAUCUAUUGAACAACAUGACUCUUCCUUAUCUGAAGGACAUAAGCACUGUCUUUCCAAGCUUUAUUUUCAACACUGGGGUUGAGGAUUGAGCAUUCUCUAAGCUAGAUGUCUUAAAGGGUUCAGCUUCUCACAGAACCGCUUCACUUGGGCAGUGUUUGGUAAUGCAUUUACACUGCGUUUGAAAGUUCUUUUCAAAGGGCGUAACAUUAAUUUGAUGCUUUUUAAAGUGCUUCUGGAUGAUUUUGAUGCUUUAUAAGUGUCUAUGGAUGCUUUUGGUGCUAAAAACAUAAGGAAGAACCUGACAACGCAUCAAGUAAUGUUUUGAGUACAAAUGCAUUUUUGCAAAAGCACUUGCACUGCAUUACAAAACACAAAUUUUAUAUUAAAGAGGCUUUCAUCUGGAUCAGAAAAGUCAUAUACUGACCCGGGGAAGGAACUGUCUACCUUCAUUAAGCAAAGUCAAAACCUAAGUGGUCGCUUCAUGGGAGGAUCGCAUGGUUCAUCGUGACUAGCCUACGAUCUAUUCUAACCACUCUGCUGUACAGUGAGAAGGGAAACUUUUUGUAAUGGAAAGUGGUAUUAUUGCUUUUAAAUUUUGCAUUUGGUUGUCCUGUGUCCGUUCUUUUGGUAAUCAAAGGUUGCUGAUUGGUGCGCGCGCGAUACUGCGUGUGUGUGAACUAACUCGACAAGGAUGGCCAGGUGGCGGGGCACUCGCAAUUAUUAGAGGCUUAUCAGUCAUGUAACAGAAUUGACCUUUCAAAUAUUUGAUCUUUUUCAGAAGUAUUAUCUCUUAGCUCUAGGAAUUAGUGUUUACCUGUCCUCCAUUGUAGGAUCUCAAUCAAUGAGUGCAGACUCAUUUUCUGUAUUUAAAGAUUGAAAUGGUUAAUAAAGAAAUAGCUUUCUCUG